UUUACGAUCCUCCACCUGCCCCGGCCUCUCCGCCUCCGCCGUACUCCUCCGCCGCCUAUUUCAACCACGAACUCCACCACCCAGUACUCCACAAGCGCAACACACGAGAGAGAAAGCGUACAACCGAGCCUGCUUGCUAGAGUACCAUGGCCAAGAAGCGGUCUGGCACUGUCGCUUCCCUGCUGCUUCUCUCCCUCGCACUAGCAGCCCACUCCGUGGCAGCCGCGAGGACCACGCCUGCUGGGGGCGAGGUGGAGGCCUCGCUUCCAGCCGUUGCCGCAGCAGAGAACGGCGCCGGUGCAGGAGGCGGGGGAGCGGCGGACGCGAAGAACCUGUUCGUGGGCGUGGGAGGCAUGGGGGACCUGCCGGGCCUCCCGGCCGUGGGCGGCGGCUACGGCGGCGGCUUCGGCAACAACGGCGCCGGCGUCUUCACCGGGGUCACAGGCCCGUUCGGCGGCGUCGGCGGCGGCGUGGGGAGCGUCGGGCCGGUCGGCGGCGUCGGUGGCGCAGCCGGUAUCCCGUUCGGAGGAUUCGCCGGCGGCAGCGCCCCAUUCGGCGGGGUCGGAGGCGGGUACGGCAGCACAGGCGGCGGCGGCGUCACACCUUGAAGAGGUGCGCACUGUAGCCUAAUUCUUCACAUUCGAGGCAUGGACGUGCGCGUUGUACGUAGGUGCGGUGCAUGGGCAUGGCGCAUCGCACCUGCGUACGCACGCAUACAUGUGUGCCUUGGUUUGACACAGUCCAGAAGAAGUCACGUGCAGCAUGCUCGUGCAGCAGCGGUUUGAUUUUCUUACAGUGUGUGUGUUUGUGUGGCAACUGGCAAGGCCGCAAGAGGUUGGUGUACUGUAUGUCGUUGUAGUGUUUCGUCAGUGUAGUCUCAUGUCAUGUAGUAGUAGUAUCAGACAAGUUAGUGGUGGUAUGUAUGUCGUGGGGCUUCGUUAUGUGUCUCAA